AAAUAAUCAUGGCCACGAAUAAAGUUGUUCUUGAAGUUCAGAAGCUGGAGUCCUGUGGGGCAGCACGGAGUGGAGACAACGCUAUUCAAGUCAAGAUAUUACAGGUCCCGGCCAAAUGUGCAACCACCGCUGCUGUGCAACCUCCACCCACUGCUGCAGGCGUCUCAAAGAGUGUGGCUGUCUCUGCCCCACCUAAAGUCAUUCCAAUAGGCCAUCUCCACCAUCCCACCUCCUCUACAGUUACAGUCCCAGGGCGUCAGACUUCCUCUUUCAUGGUGGUAGCAAAGGUGUCCACCCCAGGAGGAGUGGGCCAACCACAGGGCACAAAACCAGCCUUGAGCCAGGUGGCCUCCAUGAACCAGGCCACAACCCCAGGAAGGACAGUGGUGAUAACCGUACCAAGGGCAGCGGGUCCACAGACAGUCACCAUGCCCUCCCGGCUUCCACAGACUGCCUCCCCACAGCUCCCAGCCAAUAUCCAGAUACCACCAGGUAUGAUGUUGAUCCGCAGUGACAGUGGUCAGCUGAUGCUCGUAUCCCAGCAGGCUUUGGCACAGGCUCAGCAGGCACCAAGAGGUAUCAGUGGUCAAGCACCUAAACUACUGGUCCCACAGGUAUUUCUAUCUGCAGUAAAUAAAACCAAUGAGAAGGUGACCGUGAUCAGGAUGGCCGCCCCUCCCAGUUUCCACCCAGCACCAAUCCAGAAGACCACUGUGGUAAAGGUGAUCGGUGUGACUCCCAAACCAGCUGUAGUCCAGACCCUCAGCGCUGUGUCUGAACGGGGAAGCCAGCUUCGCUUUCAGGCGGUCGCCACGGAAACCAAAAAGGAGACACCAACCACGGUUGAUCAGGCGACCCUGGAUAGUGUGAAGAAGUGCAAGAACUUCCUGGUGACUCUUAUCAAGCUGGCCUCCAGUGACUCCAGGUCUGCCAACAUGGCGAACAACGUCAGAGGACUGGUCAGGAGUCUGCUGGAAGGGAAGCUAGAAGCAGAGGAGUUUACAGAACAGCUGUAUCAUGAGUUGAAGUCCACUCCUCAGCCCUGCUUGGUGCCUUUCCUCAAGAAAAGUCUUCCUGCAGUGCGUCGCCUCACCGCAGACCCCCAGUUAUUCAUCCAACAGGCUUCCACUUCUACGGGCAACCUUGUGAAGCAGUCCAGCACCGUCACAGGACCUCUCCUCAGUACCAGCCAGCAGGUUAUCCAGCAGCCGUCAGCAGUGACUCUGAGAGCGGGUACGACGACAUUAGUGCAGUCCAGAAAUUACAUAUUGAAGAGCAGCAGACCCGUCCCCAAACACACAGUGGUCCAGUCGGGAAAACCCUUUGCAGGAAUGUUGUCAUUGAAGCAGCCUUUCACUCGGGAGCCACCUCUUUCUACAACGUUUGCAUUCAAGGACAGUUCAGGAUCAUACAGAGAGGAUGAUGACAUUAACGAUGUGGCCUCCAUGGCUGGGGUCAACCUGAGAGAGGAAAAUGCACAGAUCUUGACCACGGUGGUCGGCUCUGUGGUGCAGUCGUGCCAGGAUCAGCCCUUCCUCUCACCAAAGCCAGUGCUCGGACAAAUCCUCCGUAUAGGAAAGGCAUUGGGAGUGACGGACGUCGGUCCAGAGGUGGUGAAUCUGGUGUCUCAUGCCACUCAGGAGUGUCUCCGUGGGCUGCUGGAGAAGCUCACUGUUGUGGCGGACCACCGCAAGGCAGCCCUGAAGGAGGACCUGUGGCAUGCCAAAGUGACUGAUGUGCGAUCCCAGCUUCGCUUCCUGGAGGAAGUGGAGAGUUUGAAGAAGAAGAGAAUUGAUGAAGAGGAGAGAGAGAGACUGCUGCGUUUGGCCAGAAGUCGCUCACACACUGAGGAUCCACAGCAUCAGCAGCUCAAGCAACGAGCCAAAGAGUUACAACAGAUGGAAGAAGCCCAGCUGCAGCAAAGAGAGGCCAACCUCACGGCUCUGGCUGCCAUCGGGCCUCGCAAGAAGAGACCUCUGGAGCAGACGGAGAGCCAGGUGACCCUGCUGCCCAGACAGAGCAUUCAGAGGGUGACCCGGGUCAUGCUGAGGGAUCUGCUGGUGUGUAUGGAGCAGGACCGCUUCCUGUGCCACUCCCUCCCUCUGUACAGAGCCAUGCUCUGACCUCACUGUGAAUGAUGACGCCACUCUCAUAUUAAUUUGCAGCAGAGUUUUGUUUGUUGUUUUUGUACUUUUGUUUCAGUUCUAUCAACAAUUCAUCUAUUUAUUAUGUUGUAUGUAGGUCAGUGAUGGCGAUCAGCUGGUCUCUAAAAGCGCUCCCUAGUUUUGAUUAAAAAAGAUGAAACACUGCUGUUUACUGAAAAGAUUAGUUGAGUUCUAAAUUGAAUGUUGAGCGUUUUAUUAUUCUGCAUUAAAAGAAGUGGACUGGGUCACAUCCUGA